AUGUGCUGCGAAAGAAACCAAAGAAUGAGUGAUGAUAUGUGUAAAAAAGAAGUAAGUGACAGAAAUAAUACGAGAAAAGAAACGGACUUACGUCCUUGGAACCGUUUAUCUCUUUAUGAUACAAAUGAGAUCCUACCAGACUCCCAAGAUAUAUAUCUCAAUUCUUCUAGAGAAGAUUAUAUGAAAUCAGAACAAUCAUCAUUUAUCCCCGUGAAACGCGAAUUUAUUGAUGCUUUUGACAGAAUUCAAAUUACUGAUACACCUGAGGAUUUUGUAUAUUCUGAAAACGUAGUUUCACAACGCUAUCGAGGUAGAGACAGAGAUUAUUCACGAUCAAUGAAUUUAGAUUCUGAUAACUGGGACGAACAACAGCCAGUAAAAUCUAGUCGCAAUGGGGAAUUUCAUUUACAAAGACGUCAUACCGAUUCUGAUGUACCGAUGUUAAUUAAUUUGAAUGAAGAAAAUCCUCCUGUACAGGAUAUAUCAGAAUUUACACCAAAAUCUUUCGAUGAAUUAAAGGAGAUCGAUUGGCAAGCAUAUUCAAAAAGGCUCAUAAAAGAAGAAUCGGAGAAAGAUCAAUUUAAGAGAGAUAGAUCAUUUUUAUCAGAGUUUGACAUAUUUAAAUGA